AUGCCGGGGAAGUCUGUCCCUGGGGGUCGUCUGAGUUGGCAGGGCCCCUGGAUCCCGACCCCUUCUGGCGCUUUCUGCCUCUGCCUCACACUCUUGCUGGACCAGUUGGGCUGGCUGCAGGGGCACCCCCAGUGCCUGGAUUAUGGGCCCCCCUUCCAGCCCACUGUGCACCUCGAGUUCUGCUCCGACUAUGAGACCUUCGGCUGCUGUGACCAGCGUAAGGACCACCACAUCGCUGCCCGGUAUCGGGACAUCAUGGGCUAUUUGGAUCUCCAGGGCCAGGAGCUGUGUGGCGGUUACAUUAAAGACAUCCUCUGCCAGGAGUGCUCGCCGUACGCAGCCCAUCUCUACGAUGCUGAGGACCCUCGGACACCCCUCCGGAGCCUCCCCGGCCUCUGCGCUGACUACUGCGCCGCCUUUCACUCUCAUUGCCACUCUGCCAUCUCCCUGCUGACCGAUGACCAUCGCCUCUGGGAGUCCCAGGAGAAAGAUGGCGCCCACUUCUGCCACCUCCUCAACCUUCCCGACCAGGACUACUGCUUCCCUAACGUCCUGAGGAAUGACCAUCUCAAUCGCAACCUGGGCGUGGUGGCCAAGGACCGUCAGGGCUGCCUGCAGCUCUGCUUGACCGAGGUGGCCAACGGGCUGAGGAACCCUGUCUCCAUGGUCCAUGCCGGGGAUGGCACCCAUCGCUUCUUCGUGGCCGAGCAGGUGGGGGUGGUGUGGGUCUAUCUGCCCGAUGGGAGUCGCCUGGAGCAACCCUUCUUGGACCUCAAGAACAUUGUGCUGACCACGCCGUGGAUCGGGGAUGAGAGAGGCUUCUUGGGGCUGGCUUUUCAUCCCCAAUUCCGCCAUAACCGCAAGUUCUAUGUUUAUUACUCAUGCCUGGGCCAGAAGAAGGUAGAAAAGAUCCGGAUUAGUCAGAUGAAGGUUUCUCAGGCUGAUCCCAACAGAGCUGACCCAAAGUCAGAAAGAGUCAUCUUGGAGAUAGAAGAGCCAGCCUCAAAUCACAAUGGGGGGCAACUUCUUUUCGGUCUGGAUGGCUACCUGUACAUAUUCACUGGGGACGGAGGACAGGCCGGAGACCCCUUCGGCAGAUUUGGCAACGCUCAGAACAAAAGUUCCCUGCUGGGAAAAGUGUUGAGGAUCGAUGUGAACAGGGCAGGCUCAGGGGACAAGCGGUACCGGGUCCCCCGGGAUAAUCCAUUUGUCUCUGAGCCAGGGGCGCACCCUGCCAUUUAUGCCUAUGGGAUCCGGAACAUAUGGCGCUGUGCUGUGGACCGAGGGGACCCGGUCACGCGCCAGGGCCGAGGCCGGAUAUUCUGUGGGGACGUGGGACAGAACCGGUUUGAAGAGGUCAACAUCAUUGUUAAAGGUGGAAACUACGGCUGGAGAGCAAAGGAAGGGUUUGAAUGCUAUGACAAGAAACUCUGUCACAAUGCCUCCUUGGAUGACAUUCUGCCCAUCUACGCUUACGACCAUGAACUGGGGAAGUCAGUCACCGGAGGAUACGUCUACCGCGGGUGCGAGUCUCCAAAUCUCAACGGUCUCUACAUCUUCGGGGACUUCAUGAGUGGUCGACUUAUGGCUUUGCAGGAAGAUAGAAAGGCCAAGAAAUGGAAGAAACAGGACAUUUGUUUGGGAGACACCAAGUCCUGCGCUUUCCCGGGGCUGGUCAGCACCUACAGCAAGUUUAUCAUCUCCUUCGCCGAAGACGAAGCCGGGGAGCUCUACUUCCUGGCCACCUCCUACCCAAGUGCCUACGUGCCACACGGGUCCAUUUACAAAUUUGUUGACCCAUCAAGGCGAGCACCUCCAGGCAAAUGCAAGCACAAGCCAGUGCCAGUGACAACCAAGAGUAAGCGGAUCCCAUUCCGGCCACUCGCCAAGACAGUCUUGGAGGUGCUAAAGGAGCAGUCAGAGAAGGCUGCUAGAAGAUCAUCCGAUGUGACUUCAGCUUCCCAUCCGGGCCUGGCCUCCUCUCAGAAAGGCUCCUCUAAGAAGCCGGCUUCUCCCACGAGAAGCAGGAAGCCGUUUCGAGGCCCUGGGGCACAGGAGGGAGCCCGAGUGUGGCCCCCGGGCCCCUCAGGGAAGAGGAAGAAGAGCCGGAAACCCCGCAGUGGCCCGGUUUCCAAGGAAAGCUCCUCCAAAAGGGUCACCUGCUUUGCAGGUGCAGAGUAA